AUGAUAAGAUAUGUUGUAGCGAAGAAUUCAGUUGUUAACAUGGUGUUGAUAAAUUUAGUGAUUUUAAGUGUCUUGUUUGUGGCUUCGGAAGGAGUGUUUCAAAAGUUCCCGCCGAAUUUCAAAUUUGGAGCUUCAACGUCAGCAUACCAAAUCGAAGGUGCUUGGAAUGUCAGCGGUAAAUCUGUCAAUAUAUGGGACGACUACACACAUUCAGCACGUAACGUCGUUGCCGAUAAAAGCAAUGGCGACGUUGCAUGCGAUUCAUUCAACCAGUGGCGGCGGGACGUCCAAAUAGCUAAGGAACUUGGAUUAAACUUUUACAGAUUCUCCAUAUCAUGGUCUCGUCUUCUGCCACAAGGGUUGGCCAAUGAAGUAAGUGUCGAUGGCAAAAAAUAUUAUAGUGAUUUGGUGGACGCCCUGUUGAGUAAUGGUAUAGAACCAGUCAUCACUCUGUAUCACAUGGAUCUGCCGCUUAGGUUACAGCAUUUUGGUGGUUGGGCCAAUCCUCUAAUAUCAGAGUGGUUCGCUGCGUAUGCCCGAGUAGCGUUCUCACUAUACGCAGACCGGGUGAAGACUUGGAUCACAAUCAACGAUCCCAUGAUCACCUGCGAUCUAGGCUACGACGGGCUGAUCGCGCCAGCGAUACGUAGCCCAACUAUAGGCUCGUACUUAUGCAGCAAGAAUAUACUGUUGGCUCAUGCGAAAGCAUGGAGGCUUUACGACAGAGAGUUCAGGCCAAAAUAUCAUGGGCAAAUAUCAAUAGCGAAUCAAGUAAUAUGGUUUGAAGAGGAUAAAAAAGGAGACUCAGGCUUGGCUGACCUGUUAAUGCAGAAUAGUGUAGGUAGGUUCUCCCACCCAAUUUACACAAGGGAAGGGGGAUGGCCACCAUCUUUGGAGAAGGUCAUAGCAGAGAACAGCAAGAAGGAGGGGCACACGAAAUCCAGGCUGCCCGCUUUUACUAGAGAAGAAAUCGAAUUAAUUAGAGGAACAUUCGAUUUUUACGGUGUAAAUCAUUACACUAGUCGUGUUGUGCGUCGAGCUGUGCCCGGGGAAGAGGUCGGCUCGUGGCCGCUUUGGGGCUGCCGGGAGUUGCAGGCAGUACUAGACUCUAGAUCCGAUUGGACUACCACCUCUAUACCAUGGAUAAAGCUUUACCCAAAUGGCUUUCGGAAUUCGUUGGUGUGGCUGAAGGAGCAUUAUGGCGACAUUUCAUACCUGGUGACCGAGAAUGGUUUCCCUGACAACGGAUACAAUUUGAAUGACCGGAUGAGAACUAACUUCUUCAAAGAUUACUUAAGACAGUUGUACCUGGCAAUCAGAAUAGACAAAGUGGAUGUCACAGGGUAUGCUGCUUGGUCGCUGAUGGAUAGUUUUGAAUGGACGCAAGGCUAUAAGAGCAAAUUCGGUCUUUACGAAGUAGAUUUCUCGAAUCCUCAACGUCCACGUACGGCACGCAGUUCUGCCCUCUACUACUCAUCUGUCAUAAAGAAUAAUGCUUUAGGCACACCAGAAAAUCACAGUUCUUACACAAUAGUAUGGGUAAUUAUGGCUGUUUUGCUAAUAACAGUGGUGCUUUGUGCGAUGCUGCUGAAAUACUUUAAUGAUGUAAAGGGUUAUGAAGGCAGGAGACAAUAUGAAAGUGUAGGCUUAUCUGACAUUUCAUUGUUCCCAGCACGUUCAUAA